GGGUUGGACCGAAGCGUCUGUUUCCCUGUUGUAUGAUUCUGUGGGUCCCUGACUCUACAAAAAUUCACAACAUAAUGUCAUAAGGAACAAGGGCGUGGUCUGUGUUAUUAUAAACUUCAGGUAACAAACUUUUUUUAACUAUUCCUGGAACUACCAAAUCAACACAGAGAAAUCAACAUCAAUGACUCUGCACGGAAUAACCUGUUAAACAACAAAGACGUGCUGUUGAGCAGAGACUGAAAGCAAUUAGCCAGCUCUUGGACUGGAGGGAGUUGAGAUCACAUUCUCCAAACUGCUUGGACACCUGCUUGAGAAAGUGGAUGCUUUCUCACUCCAGAAGACAAGGAGAAUUGAAGGAGUUCAUCGCAGGAAAACUGUGUGUUCCAACUGCCAGAAAGAGAGCAGUUUGUGAACACAGACAGCAGCUCCCCAUCAUCCCAGACACACCGGCUCUGCAGGGGAAAACAUGAAGGGGUUCUUCAGCAUUGUCCUGCUCUGUGCUGGGAUCACAGCAGGACGAUCUCUUCAAUGUUUCACGUGUUCAGCCUCCUCGGGUUCCUGCUCACUGAGAGAGACCACUUGCCUGAUUGGCAUCACCAACUGCCAGACUGUGUCAUCCCACACCAUCAUCGACAAUGGGACUGAGACUGUCACACACAUUCAACAAAGCUGUGAGGAUCCCUUCGAAGAUGUUUCGUUGAGCACUGGAAGGGUGCAUAUCUCCCGGAGCAGCCGUCUCUGUGGCUCAGACCGAUGUAAUAACCAGACAGUAGCAGAGCCUGCCAACACCACCCUGAACGGACUGCAAUGUUUCGGAUGCUACAGCCCAUCCAUGGCCUCCUGCCUGGCCAAUCUACAGAAGGUGGAGUGUGUGGGUCUGGAGAAUCACUGUGUGAAUGGAACAGGCCAACAGAGAUUGUUGUCAGAUAUUGGCGGAGAUGUUGUAUUUAAAGGAUGUGCUUCGGCGAAUCAGUGCGGAGCGGGGGUGGAUUUGCGACCGUUUGGUUUGAUUCUAAGCGACCUGUCCUGCUGUGAAGGCUCUUUGUGUAAUGGAGACACAGGGAUCACCACCACAGUGGAUCCAGGUUCAAGAACAUCAACUCCAGCAGAAAGCAGCACAUCGACCCCAGCAGCAACCAGCACAUUGACCCCAGCAGGUACCAGCACAUCGACCCCAGCAGGAACCAGUACAUCGACUCCAGCAGGAACCAGUACAUCGACUCCAGCAGCAACCAGCACAUCGACCCCAGCAGGUACCAGCACAUCGACCCCAGCAGGAACCAGUACAUCGACUCCAACAACAACCAGCACAUCGAUUCCAGCAGCAACUAGCACAUCGAUCGCAGCAGCAACCAGUACAUCGGUCCCAGCAGCAACCAGUACAUUGAUCCCAUCAGCAACCAACACAUCAAUGCCAGCAGCAUCCAACACAUCAGACCCUGCAGCAACCAGCAGAUCUGACCCAGUAGCAACCAGUACAUCGAUCCCAGCAGCAACCAGCACAUCGAUCCCAGCAGCAACCAGCACAUUAUACCCAGAAGCCAACCGCACAUCGAUCCCAACAACAACCAGCACAUCAGACCCAGUAGCAAUCAGCUCUCCAACCCCAGCAGAAACCAGCACUUCAUUCCGAACAAUAACCAGCACAUCAGAAUCAUUAGCAACUAGCACAUCGACCCCAGCAGCAACCAGCACAUCAACCCCAGCAGGAACCAGUACAUCAACCCCAGCAGCAACCAGUACAUCAACCCCAGCAGCAACCAGCACAUCAAUCCCAGCAGGAACCAGCACAUCGAUCCCAGCAGGAACCAGCACAUCAAUCCCAGCAGCAACCAGCACAUCGACCCCAGCAGGAACCAGCACAUCGACCCCAGCAGGAACCAGUACAUCGAUCCCAGCAGGAACCAGCACAUCGCCCCCAGCAGGAACCAGCACAUCAAUCCCAGCAGCAACCAGCACAUCGACCCCAGCAGGAACCAGCACAUCGACCCCAGCAGGAACCAGUACAUCGACCCCAGCAGCGACCAGUCCAUCGAGCCCAGCAGGAACCAGCACAACGACCCCAGCAGGAAUCAGCACAUCAGUCCCAGCAGCAACCAGAACAUCAAUCCCAGCAGGAACAAGCACAUCAGUCCCAGCAGGAAUCAACACAUCAGUCCCAGCAGCAACCAGUACAUCGAUCCCAGCAGGAACCAGCACAUCGACCCCAGCAGGAACCAGUACAUCGACCCCAGCAGGAACCAGCACAUCGACCCCAGCAGGAACCAGUACAUCGACCACAGUAGCGACCAGUACAUUGAGCCCAGCAGGAACCAGCACAUCGACCCCUGCAGCAACCAGCACAUGGAUCCCAGCAGCAACCAGUACAUCGAUCCCAGCAGGAACCAGUACAUCGACCCCAGCAGCAACCAGUACAUUGUCUCCAGCAGCAACCAGUACAUCGUCUCCAGCAGGAACUAGCACAUCGAUCCCAGCAGGAACUAGCACAUCGAUCCCAGCAGGAACCAGUACAUCAGUCCCAGCAGCAACCAGUACAUCAAUCCCAGCAGGAACCAGCACAUCGACCCCAGCAGCAAUCAGUACAUCGAGCCCAGCAGAAACCAGCACAUCGACCCCAGCAGGAACCAGCACUUCGACCCCAGCAGCAACCAGUACAUCGAGCCCAGCAGGAACCAGCACAUCGACCCCAGCAGGAACCAGCACAUCAGUCCCAGCAACAACCAGCACAUCAACCCCUGCAGGAACCAGUACAUCGACCCCAGCAAACGUCGGAGGCAGCGUGGAAGUGAGCAGCAUCUCCACCCUGUUGGUGAGCGGCCUGGUCAGUGCCAUCUCGCUGUCUGGGCUGGGCCUGUGAUCGAACACCCCCUCCUCCACCCCCACAACCCCCACCGCUCACGGAAGGGAGCACUCAGGGAGGGGGCGAGAGAGAGGGAGGGAGAGAGGGA